AUGGCUGUGUGGCUACGACGAUCACGAACACCAUCUGAUUUGGACGAAGCUCUCGGCGAUGAAGCGUCUGGCAUUCCUCCACCAUCGUCACCCGCUCCCAGACCUGAUUGUCUUCUAUUACUUCGGGAUGGCACUAUGCAGCCUGCGUAUCGAGACCUGAUCCAGGCGUGGUUAGAGGACGCCAGUAUCAUCGCUGAACGAUACACAUUGCCUGUGUAUGAGAUGCCACACAACGUCGAAGCAAUCCAGAUAUGGCUGGCUUUGCAGGAGGGUACACUAAGCGUAGAUUGCGAGACGCCAACCGUUGAGUCGCUACUGGAUCUUGCGCGGCUAUGUACAUCCAAGGCCGAAAUUCAUAUGGCUCGCCAACAGAUUCAAAAAUGGCUGGGUGAGCAUCUUGAAUCUCCCGCCCCAGAUCUUACCGCAGACGUCCUAGAGAUCGCACUUCUGUGUGGUUCUCGCUCCGACGUAGUCGACGCGUGUCGAGCGCUGGUGGUGGGUCGAGUCUCCCACGCCGAAGUUGAGCGCGCUGACAGCCUUCUGGGCCUUGUGCCUCCCCCAAUGCGCAUCGCCACGAUGAGAGCGAAACUACAAGACACGAUCCGACUUUACACCAUGAAUGGCUUCGAAGAUCACCCGUUCUACCGUUCCACGUCGACUGAUCGACAUAUUUGUCCGGCUAAGGCGAUGGAAUUGGCGCUCUACGCUCGUGCACUCCAUACGGCUUCUUGUUUCCCUUUCCCUGACGAUUGUAACUCGAUCUGCCUUCACUCGGCGUUGAGUUUGUUUGCCAAGCAGGGCACACAUACUGUACACGUGCAAACGUGUACCGAAUGUAGCUAUGUGUGUCGUGGGCGUCAGCUCGGGCUGCUUCCCAUUAUUGCACGAACGAUCAACGGAAUGUGUAAGACCUACAUGAGCGACUUCGAGCGGUAUAUGGCACACCUUCCCACGAUGUAA